AUGGGCCGCAUCAACACCGACGAUCGCGCGGACGCCGCUUCGUCGCACUCGCUGCAUUCCCUCCCCGAUGAAGACGAUCUACCGCCUCCUUAUACCGAUGAACCUGAAUUCGAUUCCAGUCCGAUUCCUGCGCAGGCCCGCGAAAUCGCCCCGUCGCGUUCAAACGUGCCCUUUCGGCCUCUAAGCGUCGUCGACUCAGCCUACGCUAUUCCGGGAUCCACAGGCGUCCGAUCUCAUGAUGCUCGAGUUGUGAGCCUCGCGCCACAGCUGUCACAUAAUGCGGAGGAGCUGUUCGAACUCAUUCGGCGACAGUUGAAACUUCCGGUGCGGCCUAUGCUACAUAUUCGGGGCUCGCACACCGACUCCUCCAAGGACGACAAAGACAAGAAGACCAAUCAAGUGGUCGACUUUGAAUUUCGGCUUGACCUGGCCGAGACGAUAUUGACAGGAUGGGAGGGUCAGCCAAUGGACAUCAAUUUCUUGGAGUUGAAUGUGAUCAGAGAUGACGAUGAUGCUCUUGUAUUUCGAGGUGGUAGAAUGCGGUCGCGCACUUACAAGCCGCGCAAGACUGUGCGGACCCCUCAACAGUCAACUGACAGCGAUGCCGCGCUCCUCGGGCCGGACCUCGAGGAGGCUCACUAUAAUGACGAGCAGGCAGAGCUCCCUGCUAUCACAGAGCCCAGUCUCAGGAAGGACUUGACGCUUUGGUGCGAGCGAUACUGUCUGGACCCAUCGCCCGUCAAAUCGUUUACCAUCCAUCGCGAGCUGAAGGGUUUCGACAGCACGGCUAUGCGCAACAUUUUCAACACCCAUAUCCGCGAGCUGAACUACCGUGGCAGUAUCGAUCAGGGCAUUACGCAGGCCCACAGGACUGUUACAAUCUACUCUCCGCAUUGGAUCAAUCGGCUUCGUACCAAUAACUUUGUCUGGUGGAUAGUCGUGCUACUGCAGCUGUGGAUUAUCACGUGGCCGAUUAUCUGGUUCAUGGAGAAGCGCUACGAGAUCGCAUCUGCCCGAUGGAACGCGAGCCUGAUUCCCGAGUGGGGAAAUGGCUUGGUCCGUAUCUUUGCACAGGGUCGCGAUGAAUCUGCUCUGGCAGAGUGGUGGGCGCCCGCUGUCAAGCAGGCGGCUUGGACCCGUCGCUCCGACCGGGACAAUCUGCUGACGAGACUGGACGCAGAGCGAAUGCAGGGACUGACAACAGCGCAGAUCGUCAAUACCCGGACUCAGGACUCUGCCGCUGAAUCAGAGCGUCGUCAACGCGUCGCCCGGGGUGAAGGUGGGUUUGUUGAUAAUGUGGUUGGCUUGGCUCGCGGUAUUAGCGAGGUCGGACAGGAUUGGAGAUUCUCUACCGGUUGGGGUGCCAAUACCUGA